AUGAACCUACCGAGGAAACACGGGCAGAUCCUGUUCAUCCAGGAAAUCAAUUCCAAGGCCGCCGAGCUAUCGGGUGCAUCAGUACGAGUUCUUGGAAAGCUGAUAUCACGCGACUCUUCUACCAACAACUAUACGAUCGAGUACAAUGAAAGCCAGCUGCUAGUGAACGUGUCGUUGCUGGGGGAUGUUGGGUUGAGGAUCAAGUCAUUGUAUGAGUUUCUUGGUGAAUUGGAAGAGGGCGAUCAGCGACAGGUGGUUCUCAAGGCACGUAUAGUGCGAGUCAUGGAUGGCGUUGAUGUCGCGCUGUAUGAUCAGGCUGUCAAGAUCAGACGCAAGUUUGAGCAUUUCCCAACGACGUUCGCUGCCACGGUGCAUCCGGUCGUCUUCUUUUCUAUAAUCGACCACUACCUGCGCAGAACCGAUUCCCAACAACGAGUCAUUGGAGCUCUGCUCGGUGUCAGAAGCGACGAUGGCAACCAGGUCGAAAUACGCAACUGCUUCCCUCUACCCGUCACGGAAAAUGGCGAUGAUGAAGAUGUUGUGGUAGACAUGGAUUAUUUCAGCCAAAUGUACAAUCUGCAUCAAACCGUAAACUCAAAGGAAAUCCUUGUUGGAUGGUACGCAACUGGAUCAUCAUCAUCUCAAGUAUCGGAAAAAUCAGUCUGGCUACAAGAAUUCUUUGCUGCCGAAAUCGCUCCUCAUCAACCAAUCCACCUCGUCGUCGACACGGCCAUGAAGGAAGCAAUGCUGGGACUACGAGCAUACACUAGCUCACCUGUCGGAAUCCCUGAUGUCGGUGCUACCACUACUGCAGGAAGAAUGUUUAUACAGGUGCCUUGUGAUUUGAAGAAUUAUGAUGCCGAAAAGAGUGGAUUGGAAAUCAUCUCCAUGGCCAAAAACCACGCACAGCAAUCAUCAGGCUUAUUGUCAGACAUGGAUAAUCUAGAACGAAGCAUCAUUCAAGUUCGUCAAAUGCUGGAUACCGUGGGAGAUUACGUUGAUGCUGUCAUUGCCGGCCAAAUCAAACCAAACAGAGUCAUUGGCAGAUACUUGAUGGAUACUGUAUCCUCCAUUCCUAAAGUAGAUGCAACGGAAUUCGAGAGAUUGUUUAACAAUCAUCUACAGGACUUGCUCAUGGUCAUCUACCUCGCCAAUUUGACCAAAUCACAACUUGCUAUUGCUGAAAGGCUGCAGAAUCUACUGUAG